ACGACCUUGAUCGAUCGUGCGUCGUGAUCUCUCAAGGAUUCAGGGGUAAAUCGAAAAUGAUGAUAUUGUGGUUAAGUGCAUAACAAGCAAGAGACAAUCCCCUAUAAACCAAUACAUCCCUCUACCCCGCACAACCUAUUGAAGUUCCGUACCUAACCUAUUACAACCUCAAGAGGUACUGAGCAUGUAAUAUCAAAUAUCACCAAGCACCAAAAUAUCAAGGCAGUACAGCAUUAUGGACUUAAUAGCAAUUCUCAAAAUGAAUACUAUCAACUGGACUUGCGAGAUACAACUCAUCAUAUGGGCUUGUUUCCUCACUAUUGUCAUUGUUAAAUCCAUCAUGAUCAUUAGCGACAAAUUGAUCGACUCUCCGGCGUACAAUUCCGCCACGAACCAUUUCGCUUCAUAUAUUUACCAGCCAUCCUCGCGACUGAGAAACGGUCCGAUUGGACCAUCUGUUCAUCGACAACAAUCUUAAGAUAUUUACCUAAAUCGCUACGGCUGAGAUUUUAGCUAGUUUUCGUCAGAGGGAUAAGACCAGAUGGACCUUUCACCAAGGUGUGCUAUGAAAUUAAGGACUUGUCUGCGGCAUGAAACUAUACCUCAUGAAGCGUUUUCCUUCGA